UCAUAUACGUUACUUUUCAUAUUUUUAAUAAAAUAAAUACUAAUUAUGAUAAAAACUUCUUUGCUAUUACUAUCUGUAUUCAUACUGUUAACUGAAACCACAAUGAACUCAAGAAGAAACACUGACAUAUACAAUAGUCUUAUUAAAAAUUAUGGAUGGAAAGAUUUAAAGGAUGUGAAAUAUGUUAAAUAUCGGCUAAAAUAUUAUAUUUUACAAAAUCAUCUAGAAGCUGCUACACUUCUCACUUGCAAUCAAGGAGUUCGUGUAUUAACUGUAAUGUUGGCAUGUUCGUACGCAAAAUAUAUAAAUAUACUAUCUUUGCUAUUCAUACAAUUUGGAGAAUAUUGUAAAAGUUUGAUUAACAAAAGAAAUCCUUUAUUAAAUGAAUAUGGUUGCACUAUAGAGUUAAUGAAAAUUUUACAAAAAAUUCCAUCAUUAGCAACAUUAAUGAAAGAAACACUUUUAGUUUUAGACUAUCUGCAUACAAAUCCAAAGAAAAAUAAUUUAGUUUUUUACAAUUUCUUAUUAUAUUUAGAAGAAUGUAACAGCAUUUUAAAAGACAAUAUCCUUAAAGAAAAUGAAUUAUCAACAAUAGCAACAAUUUUCAAACAUAUUGAUUCGUUUUUUAAUUUUAUACAUGUUAAUAUUAAAGAGGAUAGUUCGACAUAUUGUCAAUUUGAACAAUUUGAUAUAGCAUCGAUUUGGGAAAAAUGGGAUGAAGAAUAUAAAUACAAAAAUAAUAUAGAUGAAACAUUUCAAUUCUACCAUUAUCUGAGUCAAAAAAUUAAUUUAAUAAUUCAUUCUAUAAUUAUGAACCUUUUUCAUAACCUAGGAUUUCAGUAUGAUCGAAAAACCCUACAAAUUGGUAUACCAUUACCAAAUAAGUAUAUUACUGCCGAUUUAGCAUUUUUCAAAAGACAUAACGAAACUUCUGAAAAUAAUCAAAGUGAAUAUGAAAUAAAAGAAAUAAAGCAUCAUUUGGAAAAUCAGUGGAUACUAGAGCUUAUAGCUUCAUUAAAUAAUGAAUUGAAUAAUGUAUUUAAUACCAAUGAAGAACUACAAUUUAUCGAUUUUCUCGGACAAGAAUUGAAUAAUGUAUCUCAAACCAAUGAAGAACUACAACUAAUUGAUUUUCUGGGACAAGAAUUGAAUAAUGUAUCUCAAACUAAUGAAGAACUACAACUAAUCAAUUUUCUCGAACGAGAAGUAAAUAAUGUACCUCAAACUAACAAAGAUUUACAAAUAAUCAAUAAUCCCGAACAAGGACUAAAAAACGACGAUUCAUGUGAAGAUAUUUUAGAGACAAUGGACACUGACGAAAAUAUAGAGGAUUAUAUCAAGUUUUUUUAAUCUUUUAUAUUUUUAUAAACUCUCCUCUUUUAUUAAACUUUGAUAACAUAAUUUUUUUUUAAUUUAAUGUAAAUGUAAACACAUUUUGUGUAACCAUCGAAGCCUAGUUGAAUAGUUUUUAAUUUAAUUGUAUCGUGUUUUUUAGCUUCGAUGAUAAGCUUAAAAGGUAUUAAUUUUACUAUGAUGUGUUUUUUAUUUUAUUUAUUUAUUUUUUUUUUUGUGUCUGUGAACGCUCAAUCUCAGCUCUCGCUGGACCGAUUUUGAUUAACAAUACGUCAAAAGAUCAUAAAUUGUAUCUAGUCAAAGACAUUACCUUCAAAAAUUGAAAAAAAUUCCAUCGUUCCCCGUAAACGGGAAAAUCCCCUAAAAAAUUACAAAUUUAAAAACCACAAUUGUCGACAUGUUUUUACUAGAAACUGCCAUAACUUUUUUAAAAAUGACUGAAUCGAUAAAAAAUUUUUUUAUAGAUACCUUAGAUAUUUACCUAUCAUUUAAUAUAUUAUUGUAAACAUUCGACCUUUUACCAGCUACAGGAAAGGAUUCAAAAUGGCAACUUUUUCACAAAAAAUUAACUUUUGAAAAUGUUCCGGAAGACUGACACUUUUAUAUUUACCUUAAAUUAUGUAAUAUAACAUAAUUUGAAAAAAAAUAAUUUGACCUCUGGACUUAUCUUGGUGGUGAAAUUCCUUGUAGUCCUGUGUAUUUAUUCAUAAGUAACAAAAAUGUUUUAUUGAAAAGUACUGCAUCAAGCCCUUUAAAUUUUAAUACGUGUUAUAGGUAAAGAAAUAUACAACUACUGUUGGCAUAAGGGUUCUUUUCUUAUAGCAGUUGAAACCUGUUUGUCUUUUACCCAGUAAUUACAUAAAUUAAUUGUGUCCUACACAAAAUUCAACACACAUAUGUGUAUAUAUAUAAAUAUAUAUAUUAAAUAUUUAUUUUACAGCUCACAAGAAAUAGGAGUGACAGUGAUAAGCUUCAUUCUAAGAACUUGUGUUAUUAAUUCUUGAUAUUACUUGUUCUUAUUGAUCGUUUCUUCUUAUAGACCCAGCUCUAUUAAAUUAUAUCAGAUCCAACUGGUGAAUAAACAUCUAAUUCUCACUCCGAUUAUGUGACAACCUUGUCACUUAUGAUUCUGUUGAGAUCAGUACAAUGCACAGAAAAAGACAAUCCUUUCAAUUUCACUUGUUUUCAAAAAACCAGGUACAUCUCUAUUAGAUAGACCGCACUCUUACAAACUUUUUGCAAUAUACUAUCAGUGUAUUGGCGAUGAUAUCAUUAAACAGUAUCGCCAACGUUGCUCUUUGAUGCGCAAGCAACUACAUUAUUAUUUUUAUAACAUCUCCGUAUAGAUUAUAAUAUUAAAUUAAUGAUUAUCAAUUUAAUACUAAAUUUAAUUAAUAUAAUUAGUAUUUAUGCAUAUAUUAUAAUUUAAAAUCAAAAAACUAGUAAUCAGGAUAUAAUUAAAGAAAUAGGAGUUAAUUUUGCUUUUGGAAUAAUCCACUAAUUUCUUAAAAUUAAACUUUAUCUACAGAUUUGCAACAAAGCGUUUCUUAUUAUAGUGAUUUUAACUGUGCUAUCGUUUUUAAAUCUAUAUUUACCUACAAUUGAUAUAUUUUUUGUAUAAUGGGAUUCUUUACUUGUCCAUAGAUAAAUUAAAAAUGAUAACUUUUUUACAAAAACUUUAUUAUUCAACAUAACUUUUAAAAAUGUUCCGGAAAUACUGACACUUUUAAAUAUCUUAAACUAAACCUUAUGUACACUUAAUUUGAAAAAAAAAUUUAACUUCUGCGAAUAUUCAUUUUAUCAUAAAAAUACUAUUAUAAAGUUAUAGAAAUUUGUAUAACUAGAUAAAAAUGUCGAGAUGAAAAAUAUCAGAAGGUUUUUUAAUUUUUUAAUUAAUAACACUUCAGAAAAGUUGUAUCCUUAUAAUUAAAUUGUCGGUUUUCUUAAAUUCUUUUUUCUUAAAAAAUAUUUUUUAUAUAGUUUUAAUUUUGAGUCAUGAGCCACAAAUUAUCAAUUUUUAUUAUUUAGAACUCAUAGUUACAAUUGAAUGAAUAUAUGUGGAUAAUAUUUGUAUUGUAUAACCAAAUAAAUCCAGUAGGAAAGGAGUAUGUAAAAAAAAAACUUAGCUAAAUAAAACCAACAUAAUUUUAAUUACGCAUCGAAGUUUAAA